CCACAACGGCACCUGAGCCCUUCGCAUGUGACCCUUUCCAGGAGUUCGUCCAAUCGGGAGCCAGCACAGGUGCCUGUUGAGGAGAGUUUCGGAGGCGGAAACCUGCUGGUUCAGAAGAGGUGAGCCGCUCCUUAUAAUUGUGUCACUCCUGCUGUGUUCUCCUCACGCGCUGCUACAGGACAGGAGAAUAGUUUUAUCCGGAGAUACGUUAAUAAUAAACACAAACAUUUGGGUGGCGGGGUGUGCGGGAGGACGUCACACCUGGCUCGUGCGUAAAAUGGAUACUCGCGCGACGCGCUGAAGGACUCCUGAUCCAAGUUCCCAGACAGCAGCGGAUGUUAAACGAGUUGGGAACAUCCCAGGAGAGUCAGAAGCCAGAGAUUUCCUCUUUGGGGUUCAUUUAAGUUUCAUCUCCUUCCUUCACAGCUCAGGGCCAAGAUGACGGAGAGGACACCAUGGUGGAAAGCUUUCCUGCCAAAGAAGAAGAGUGGAUCUACCAAAGAGUCAAACCACGUCUUUGGGCCAGACUUUGACCCCUUUGCACAGAACCAAAAGCAAAAAGACCCCAACGUGUCCUCCAAGAGCUCUGGGGGCCAGAGCCACUCUCAGCAUGAGUCCAACAACUCAUCCCUCAUCAGCGACGAGACCUACGACGACUCCCAGCUGUAUUCGGUGUUCAACGAGCAGACCUGUCGCAGGAACAUGAAGGUGUCACGCUCAGGUCGCUUCAAAGUGAAGGGCAAGGUGCGCUCGACCCUCCCCAUAGAGGAGAGGGAGAGAGAGAGAGCGCAGCCUCAGGGAAAGACGGCGUAAGGUGGCAAUGAGGAAGAGGAGGAAGAGGAUAUGACAGACUGCUUCACAGUGUUUUCUGUAACAGAACGGGAGGGAUUUAAACACAUGGAGACGCUCCGUGUGAACUACGGGAUGAUUGUUGGAGUUUUAUCUGAAUAAUGCAGAUUUCUGAAUAUAUAAUGAUAUAUUUUUAAGGUUUUUGGACUUUUGACGAUGGACUUGUCCAAAAGGGUCACAGAAGGAAUGUUUAAUGUGUGUUUUUAAUAUAUAAUAAUAAUUACUGAACUCAUCUGCCUGCAAAAGUCUCAAAGAUGGUUGGAAAAGCAGGAGCACUUAUGAAUGCAGAAGGUUGUCCUGGGAGUCUAGUUUUUUUUGGACAGCUCACAAUCACACAGAGACGCCGUCUAAAUCCAUCGUCUUUUUUUCCACAUGUGCUUCAGAACGACCAGAAGAUGUUCACCAGAAUUAUUCUGCGGUGUCUAGAGUAAUGCAUGUCUAUCGAUGAAGGAUGAUCCCGUUUGCUCUGAAGGUUUUUAGUCUGACGCACCAGACAAGCAGAGAUGGUUGUGAUGAAGGAUUCAACCAGACACAAGUCAGAGGUUGCUAUUUACAGAAGGUCUUUAUUUUAACACGUAGGGCUGAAGGAGAUGGGGAUGUUUAGAGUAGCAGCUUGCACCUGUGAAGAUGUACAUGAAGGCAAAAUGAUAAAUAAAUCUGCACCGGCUGACUCCA